GUCCCUUACCCACGUCAGCAAAGCAACCCUUCACCAUUCUCUUCUCUCAGUCUGAUUUCAUUCAUUCAGCAAUGCUUUUUAACGUCCCAUCAUCAAUCUCUCUCUCCCAAAAAAUUCUCAAUUUUUUCUCUCUUUUUUCUUUCUCACUCUCUCAAAACCCAAAUCCAAACAAAACGCUCCUCUUCUUCUCACCAAAACCAGAAAAACAAACCCUUUCCCUGUGAAAACUUAAACACACUCUCAUUCACAGCAACAAAACGCUAUCGUUUCAUUCACACUGCAAGUAAAAAAAACUGAACGUUUUUAAUUACUUACCCUAGUUUUAAAGAAGCUUCUAGGACUUUCUCGAUCAUCAUGGAUUCAUCAUCAGGAGGAGCAGUAGCAGGAGCAUCAUCUUCAGAACCUCCAACAACUUCUCCUACGGUUACCGUAACUACCGUACAACCGGAGGGAUCUUCACCACCACCACCGCCACAAGCUCCACCAAGCCGUUACGAAUCUCAAAAACGCCGUGACUGGAACACUUUCCUACAAUAUCUACAAAACCACAAGCCACCAUUGACUCUUGCACGGUGCAGUGGCGCGCACGUGAUCGAGUUUUUGAAAUAUCUCGAUCAAUUCGGGAAGACGAAAGUUCAUGUUUCCGGUUGUCCGUAUUUCGGGCAUCCGAAUCCUCCUGCUCCAUGCGCUUGUCCGCUCAAACAAGCUUGGGGAAGUCUUGAUGCGCUGAUCGGACGACUCAGGGCGGCCUACGAAGAAAACGGAGGCCGUCCUGAAUCUAAUCCGUUCGGCGCCAAAGCUGUGAGAAUUUACUUGAGGGAAGUGAGGGAAGGACAGGCUAAAGCUAGAGGAAUUCCUUAUGAGAAGAAGAAGAGGAAGAGGUCUGCAGUGACAGUGUCAGCCGUGAGUAGUAGUGGUGGUGGUGCUAAUGAUGAUAGCGGUGGUGGUAACGGUGGUGCCGGUGAUAACACAGUUGUUGGUGGUGGCACAACUGCAACUACAACUACUGCAGCUAAUGCAAGUACUUCUUAGUACUGCCACCGCUACCACAGUAUAGUAAUCUUAAUUAUAUUUAUUUAUUUUUCCUCAUUUUUUCUUAAUUUUAUGUCUUUAGUUUUUAAUUCUAAGGAAAUUAAUUGUGAUUAAAGCUUAUUAUUAUUAAGUUACAUAUUUAUUAUUAUUAAUAAUAUUAUUAUGCCUAUUUUCCAUCAACAAAA